AUUAGCUCGAUCAGUCAACCCAGAUCACAAUCUCCGCCCCUCUUUACGCAUGCGCAAAGUAGUGUGGGGAGCUGUCCAGUCACUCGGUGCUGGAGCGUUCUCGGAGAAGCAGCUUCCCCUCUCCGGUCCACCGACACAGACGGGAGCGAUGGAGGAAGAGUUGAAAUGCCCCGUUUGCGGGUCUCUCUUCAAGGACCCCAUCCUGCUUCCGUGUUCCCACAACGUCUGCCUGGGAUGCGCUCGGAACAUCACCGUCCAGACCCCGGAGGGGGAGACCCCGGUGCAGAGCCGAGCCUCGGGCAGCUCUGACUACGACUACCUGGACAUGGACAAGAUGAGUCUGUACAGCGAGACGGACAGCGGAUACGGCUCCUACACGCCGUGCCAGCUCAAGUCUCCAAACGGGGUGCGGGUGUUUCCGCCUGCGAUCCCCCACCGACAGUGCACACUCACCUGUCCGCUGUGCCACCGGAGCGUCUCUCUGGACGAGCGGGGGCUUCGGGGUUUCCCUCGGAACCGGCUGCUGGAGGCCAUCGUGGCGCGGUACCAACAGACCCGCGGCGCCUCCUCCUCAUCUUCCAACGCGGUGAAGUGCCAGCUGUGCGACCGCAACCCGGUGGACGCGGCGGUGAUGUGCGAGCAGUGCGACGUCUACUACUGCAACGCCUGCCAGCAGCGAUGCCACCCGUCCCGCGGUCCCCUCGCCAAGCACCGACUGGUGCCGCCGCCAAACAAGGCGGGGAGCGGGGCUAGCGGAGGCGGCGGUGGUCAGCAGCCGCCCGCCACCGCGCGGAAACCGGCGACGUGCGUGGAUCACGAAGCGGAAAACUUCAGUAUGUACUGCAGCAGCUGCAAGGCUCCCGUGUGCAUGAAGUGUCUGGAGGAGGGAAAACACGCCAAGCACGACGUCAAACCGCUGGCCGUGAUGUGGAAGCAACACAAAUGUCAGAUUUCCCAGGCGCUGAAUGGCGUCUCUGACAAAGCUAAAGAUGCCAAGGAGUUCCUGGUUCAACUCAAAAACAUGCUCCAGCAGAUACAGGAGAACGGAGUGGAGUUUGAAGCUUGCCUCGUGGCUCAGUGUGACUCUCUGAUCGAGGCGCUGACCAGACAGAAAGCCAAACUGCUCACGAAAGUUACCAAGGAGAAGGAGUACAAACUAAAGGUGGUACGUGACCAGAUCACACACUGCACUAUGAAGUUACGGCAGACCACCGGCAUGAUGGAGUACUGUCUAGAAGUCCUCAAAGAGAAUGAUCCAAGUGGUUUCCUCCAGAUCUCAGAUGCUCUGAUUAAGCGAGUGACGUCAUCUCAAGACCAGUGGGUUAAAGGGGCCCUGGAGCCAAAGGUUGGCCCUGACUUUGACCUCACUCUCAAUACCGACUCGCUGCUACAGACCAUCCUACAGCUGGACUUCUGCCAGGGCAAAGAUGUACAGGAGAAUCCAAAAUUGAAACAAAUGCAGGAAGCAGGCAGUGGUGAGGCUGAGAUGGAGACAGAGAGCCCAGGAGUGGAGCCUAGACCCUCAGUGCCUCCAGCUCCUCUCCUGCAGCUGGAGAAGUGCUGCACAAGGAAUAACAGCGCCACCCUGGCCUGGAGGGUAGCUAUGCCCACCAUCAACCCCAUCGAGGGCUACAUCCUGGAGCUGGAUGAUGGCAAUGGAGGACAGUACAGGGAGGUAUAUGUGGGGAAGGAAACAGUGUGUACAGUCGAUGGUCUUCAUUUCAACAGUUCCUACAACGCAAGGGUGAAAGCUUAUAAUUCCAUUGGAGUGGGUCCAUACAGCAAGACAGUCAUGCUCAAGACUUCUGAUGUGGCUUGGUUCACCUUUGACCCCACCUCAGCUCAUCGGGACAUUGUUCUGACUAAUGACAACCAGACAGUUAGCUGUAACAGCUAUGAUGACCGUGUGGUGCUGGGGACUGCUGCUUUCUCCAAGGGCAUUCACUAUUGGGAGGUCAGCAUUGAUCGCUAUGACAACCACCCAGAUCCUGCGUUUGGCAUAGCAAGGAUCAACACCAUGAAGGACAUGAUGUUGGGGAAAGAUGACAAAGCCUGGGCCAUGUAUGUGGACAACAACCGCUCCUGGUUCAUGCACAACAACUCCCACACCAACAGGGCAGAGGGAGGCAUCACUAAGGGCUCGACUGUGGGUGUCCUGCUGGAUCUGACUAAACGCACACUAACCUUCUACAUCAAUAAGGAACAGCAUGGCCCAACUGCCUUUGAGAACCUGGACGGGGUCUUUGUGCCCGCCGUCAGCCUCAACAGAAAUGUGCAGGUGACAUUAGUGACAGGCCUGGAAGUUCCAAAGAAUAUCAAACAGUAAGAGCUCCCUCCUUACUCUGAGCGUGCCCUGGAUACAAACCAAUGAUGUCAUGUCCAGUACUGUCAGAUGGGAUCUGUUCCUCUCCCAUCCUUCUCAAGUUGACCCUUAACCUGGAAAAUCUUCAGCUCCACGACUUUUUAGAGAAGUGACAAGUUUAUUGGCUAUAAAUGUAAUGAUUACAGCUUGACGACAUCACUGCAGAGAUGGCUGGAGGGCCAUACUUUUUUCCACUGCCCAGUUUAUUUUUCUCAAAGAUACAAACAACACUGAUAUUAUCUAUAUUCCAGCUUGCACAGUUUAUGUUAUUUUAAACAAUCUGGGCUUAACUCCGCCCCUUAAAGAUUUUAUAUUGUGCAGGAAAGAUCAUUGUGAGUUGAAAAAUAAAGAAAAAAUAGACCACAAGCAACACAGUUUUUAGGAGGUGGAAAAAAAACUCCUGAGAGAAAUGAUUCAGCAGUGCUUUUUGUUGCUCUGCUUCUCUCUCAGGUGUGUUUACAGCCGAGAUGAACACGAGUCAUUUGUAGGACUUGUGUAGUGGCACCAUGGGUUUUUUCUCUCAUAAAAUAUUUAAAAGCUAAACUCUCGCUUCACACUUUCAUCUCAGUGUUGACUCCAACAGCACUGCCUUCUCUGUUUUCUCUGUGAUUUCUUAUCUGUGGUAAGGAAUCUGACAGCCAUCUUAAAGCCGGCAAAGCUUCCCUCAUGAUCGACUCUCUUUCUCAUGCAAAGCGGCGCAAAGAUCGUUUGAUAGUGUUGUCAGAACGGUUUACAUAUUGAGGUCAGUCUGAGAAGGCUGGAACUUAAUUCCAUUUCAUUUUUCAGUAAUCUGACAGAUCUACUGAGCCAGGGGUGUAUUAUUUUGAAAUUCACAGUCUCAAAGGCCUAGAGACCACCAGCCUUUUCUUUUCCUUAUUUGUCUUAAAAACCUAAAACUCCGACAUCAAAAAAGCUCCCACUAAGAUGUAGCAGAUCGCCACAUUUCGACGUCUUUGGCAGUGAACUUUUGGACUCUGCUAGAACAUGAAAAUGAUUGCACCACUUGGUAUGACUUAUCCACUGGCCAGUAAGAAACAUUACUGUGGUAUUUAAUAAAUCACGUGGCCAUGCAAUUUGCAUACUGAAACAAACCUAUUUGCCUGCAGGGGCAUCUCAGACUCAAAGAACUGUUUUGACUUUGACAGAUCAUUGUCAGAAAAUGCUAAAACGAAGUAGAAUCGAGCCAAACUUCAUUUUCUUUGAUUUACAAUUUAAAGAUAAUAUAAUACACCCCCAGUCGAUGAGAAAAGUAUGGUCGUCUCAAGAACAUUUCAUUCUGUGCUCAUCUCUCAGUCUCACUGCAGAAUCUCAAGAUGCUUUCAGACACCUUUUAUCUGUGGCCCUGAACGUUAUCUUUUAAAGUCACAUCAGGUAAAGCUACAUAAGCUGCUACAUUUAUCAUCAGGGACUAGAUAUGGCAGCCUAUAGAGGACAGUAGCUUCAACCAGACCACUGUGACUCAGGACAUGAGACACUGUAUAAAGUACAUAGGUAUAAGUACACUGUUUAUGUAUGUUUUAUCAGUUCAUGGAAUGGAAGAAUUCAUUAAUUGAGGUUAUUUAAUCUACGACUUGUUUAUAUCUGAGCCAUUUCUGUUCCCUAUAAUGUGAGUUUGAGAGGUAGACUGACAUUACCACAUGACAGUGGGUUUACAUGUGAAUGGACAUCCUCAAACUGUAAAUACUGAUAUGUGAGUUAUGAUUAUAACAUGUGACAUUAAGCAUGGAUUCAAACAAGUUUACAAACUAUCUGAAGCUGUAUUGUAAAUAGUGUACCGUUUGUCUUUGCAAUGAGGGACCCUGAAACCAACCGCUAUAACAGCUCGCCCCCUGCUGGUGAACGGUGGCGAGAACAAGAUUAAGGCAUCCCCGACAAAACCUGCCGAUAUCUGUUUUCAUGCUUUUCAUCACAGACUUUUUAAAAUGUGUCAGGAUUUAUGUUACUGUAAAUCACAAACUAUCUCAUGAUAUUUUGGACAUUUAAACAUAAAGUUUACAUUAAAAGGGUUGAACAUUUUACAUUGACAAAUUAGUGUAGCACUUGUAUACUUACUGCACCCUCAUUCUUUAAAAUAUACCACAGAAAUGAACAGAAAUAAUGUGUAAGGUUAAGAAUUACUGGUAUUUUUACAGGAAAUGAUCAGGUCUAUUUUGAAUGCCUAUUUUAAAAACAUUUAGUUACUAGUAGAGAUCUAGGUUUCUAAAAUAAAGUAAAUAUCUUUAUUUUUUCUUUAUUUGGACGUUUUACUAAGUUUUUAGGAGGUAGAGAUGGGAUAUUAUAUUUAUUUUUAAAUCAGCAUUGAUAUUUUGAAUGUUAAAUUCUUUACAUUUGCAUUGCAGUAUAUCUUAUUUAUAGGCAUUUCAUACACCUGGGCUAUAUAAAAUAUUUCUGAGAAUGAUGAUCUCAAGGGAGCCACAAAUAGUGAACUCAUAAAGUCAAGUCAAAUGUAAUUCCAUAUACUAUGAUGUGUAAUAUGUACAGGGUGUCCAGAAGGGAUUUAUCACCAGUAUCAACUCAAUUUAAUUGAAUUGAAUUUAUAUAGCACCAAUUCACAACAACAGCUGCCUCCAGGUAAAGACUUUACACUAUUACAGUAAGAACCCCAAUGAUCACACGAUGCCCUACGAGCAAACACUUGGCGAUACUGGGAAGCAAGAUCUCCCUUUAAACAGGAAGACUCAGGGUCAGGAAAGGUGCAGCCAUCUGGUUGGACCGGUUGGGAGGUGAUGAGAAAAGGGGGGGGGGAAAAAAAGGAGCGCGUGAAAGGACAAAAGACUGACUAUUGGAGAAGGAAAACAAUUUAGUCACAGGUACCCAUUCAAUUGAAUUAAACAGAAUUCAGCUGAAGAAAAUAAAUAGAGAAAUCAAGGCCUCCAUGGAGCAUUUUAAAACCUGCCAGCAUUGCUUUUGCUCAGUUUGGCCAAUCAUUUGCCAUUUGGUGUUUGCUGUUAACCCUUUUUUAAUGUGACUUCAAUCGAUUCAAUAACAUUUGCUUUAACAUUGCAUAACCACUGUGUAGCUUUAGAUGGAGGGUCGUUUCAGUGGGAAGAAAAUCUGAAUCUGUGUGUUAAUGCUUCUAGCAUCGGGAACGGCAAUUUUGUGGCACUGUGCUGAUACCAGCCUUUUUAAAAAUGCAGUUAUUUUUGGUGGAAAUGGGUAGAACCACACUGAGUUUCAGAAAGACAUUAAGACGCCAGUGGAAAAGAAGCAAUGCUUUGUCUGCCUGUUUUUUUCUUCUUUUUGAAGCUACCUGCUAGAGCUCAACAAAGUUAGCAUACAGAUGGUUUAAUAGUGUAGGUUUUAUAAGUUAAUGAACCAGAUCUUUUGAACUGAACCAAAAAUGGAGCUAGAUAUGUAUACUUCAAGCAGAUACUGCAGUAACUGCACCCAAGUGGCAAAAAAAGCACUUACACCAAGCCUGUUGACUAAAUCAUGAUGACAAGAUCUAUUUAAGUUUACAUUCAUCUGUAAGUGAAGAUUUUUAACCCAAGUACUCUCUUCACUUAAAUGUAACAUAUUUCCUUUGUAACAUGAAUACAGCGUUAGUGCAAAUGUCAGAAUUUAAAGCAGCUUACUUUUUUUUUUUACCUGAUGUGCCCCAGACUGCCAGCUUUCACCUAAGGGCUACAUUUACAUCACUUCUGGCUGCUCAGCUCUGACCUUGCUGCCACCUCCCACGCCAGAUGCAGAAACCUGCCCUGAGGCUGAAUUUGCUGUAACAGGAAUAGAUUUCUAGACAAAAGUGAAAUAUCGUGUAACCAGCCUUCUGAAAAGUUGGAUGAUUUGGGGUUAUGUCUCUGUGGUCUGUAUGGAUGUCAAAAUGAUAGUCAGGAAAUCGUGACUGGAGGCACUUAAAGCUUCUGCUGAGGGGCUCAAAUUCACCCUGUGUUAACAUUUGGUUCCAUAUUUUCUUGCCUAAAAAUCACUUAAAACAAUAUUAUUUCACAGAAACGAACAAAAAACAAAUCUUGCAUAUUAAAAUAUUCAUGCUGCAGUCACUUCUGUCCAGAUGUAUUUGUAAGAGUUCCUGUAUGAAAUGUCCCUUUACUCAACACUUACCCACCCAUGAAUGUGACAUAUUUUACCAAUUUAAUUUUAAUGGUAUGGUGCUGGGAAUUACACUAGUAUUAUUAGAUUAUGUUUGAAAAAGUAGAGGAAAAAAUGUAAUUUAUUUACUCUAUAAAGUAUUUAUAAAUAUUUAAUUAUGUAUUUUCUUUUGUAUAAUAUCCUCUUGAAUGGCUACUAAUAUGGUCUGUGUUUGACCAGUAAGGAUUGCAAGUCGAAAACGGCCCGCGUCUGUAAAAUAUUUUCUGAAUAAAGGAGAUGUGCUUACAGCUUCAAACAUGUGACACGCUGCAGAUGAGCUUCAUGUUUUCCUCUUUUUGAACUGUAUAUACAACAACAAAAAGGCUGCUUCAAGAAAACUGUGUGAGAAUUUGUGACCUCACCCAGCUGCACACUGCCAACUCAAAGGUCUUGUUUUAUCAUAGUGUCGCAAAACUCCAACUGUCAUGUUUUCCCUUUAACAAAAUGGAAACGACUGCAAGAGAUGGUUAAUAUGGGAGAAAAACUGUAAGAUCAUUCUGCUUUCUCACGGUCCAUUCAGCGUGUGCAUGUGCGUUUCAUCUUGAAAACUUCUGCCAAGACUUUACUUGCGUGUAAUUUUUUAAUUAUUAGGCCCACCUGCCCUGUUAUGAUCCAGUCCCUUCCUGCCAAUAUAAAUGUUUUGUACAACUACAUUUCAGUUUGUAAAUGAGAAAUGCAUUGCAAUUACAUACUUUUAAAAAUGUCAGUGUACAACACAAGAUACACAAAUGUCUCUUUUUUGUCAUUUAUAAAAACAAAAUAAAUAAACUGUGAUGGAAGAUGA